GCCUCCUCGGCCUUUGCGAGGGACUCUAGAGCUACGAGAGGCAAGAGAGCCACCUUCGCGAAGGCGCAGCGUCCUCCGAGUCCGUUGGCGCGCGUUCCGGGCGGAGCAUCCGAGAGGCGGGGCGGAGCGUCGCCCACUUCCUUCCGGUCUGCCUCCCUCUUCCGUCCCCCGCCUCCGAGGCCCCCCGUUUUCUGGCGCUCCCGAUCCCUCGCCUUGCAGCCCUUUCCCCGGCCCUUAUCGUCCUCCGCGAGGGGAGCGUGGGCCCCGGAGCGCCCAGGGGAGGCUCCCCAGCCCCGACGGGGUCCCUCGGCAGAAGGAGGGGGCAGAGGGCUUCUCCCCGCCUGGGAGGCUCGAGGAGGGGGCUCCUGGCUCUCUCCCUCCGACUGAGCCACAAGCGCUGCACCGGAGCCGCCCUCGUCGUCGGGCGCCGUGGAUGAAUGUGGAAAGGUGUCUCCGAUUUCUGACAGAUGUAAAAAGCCAGAGGAACAGAGAAGGAAAAGUGCAGUAAAUUGAAAGAGGAAGGAUAAUAAUUCUGCUUCUGACAGCAGCAAUAAUAAUAAUAUAAAUACAUUCUUCGGAGAAAAAAUUGACAGAAGAAGGAAAAAUGAGUAAUAGCCUUGUGUGUAAGAGGCAGUUAAAUUCUAAAAAAAGUGUUAAGGGUCAUGGCAAAAGCCACAAAGAGGAAAAAGCACUGAAAUGCUCGGAUUGUGGGAAGAUUGGUCCUCUUCAGGGGAAACACGCAGAAGACAAACCGUAUAAAUGCUCAGAAUGUGAAAGGAGCUUCGGCUUUAACACAAGUCUCAACAGACAUCAGAGAACUCACAAAGGGGAGAAACCUUACAAGUGCUUGGAAUGUGGAAAAGGUUUCCAUGUGAGCACAAGUUUGAUGUCUCAUCAACUAACUCACACGGGAGAGAAAGCAUAUAGAUGUGCAGAGUGUGGGAAGAGCUUCAGCUUCAAGAAAAGCCUCAACCGGCACCGGUUAGCUCACACAGGGGAGAAACCCCACCAGUGUUUGGAAUGUGGAAAGAGCUUCAGCGUGGGCGCAAAUCUUGCUUUUCAUCAAAGAACCCACACGGGAGAGAAACCGUACAAAUGCUUGGAGUGUGGCAAGACCUUCAGCUUCAAGAAAAGCCUUAGAAGGCACCAGAGAACUCACACAGGGGAGAAACCGUAUGAAUGCUGGGAAUGUGGAAACAGUUUCCAUUUGAGCACAAGUCUCAUUUCUCACCAGAGGAUUCACACGGAGGAGAAGCCGUAUAAGUGCUUGGAGUGUGGAAAGAGUUUUCAAUGGAGCACAAGUCUCGCCUUUCACCAGAGGACCCACACAGCUGAGAAACCAUAUAAGUGCUUGGAGUGUGGAAAGAGCUUCAGUUUAAAGGCAAACCUUACCAGACAUCAGAAAAUCCACACAGGAGAGAAACCAUACAAAUGCCUGGAGUGUGGAAUGAGUUUCAGCUUAAACACAAACCUCAGUAGGCAUCGAAGAACUCAUACGGGAGAAAAACCAUACACAUGCUUGGAGUGUGGGAAGAGCUUUGGUAGAAAGACAAACCUCAGUCGGCAUCAGACAACUCACACAGGGGAGAAACCUUACAAGUGCUUGGAGUGCGGAAAGAACUUCAGUCGAAACACCAACCUCCGCAGACAUCAGAAGAACUCACACAGGCAUUUAACCAUAUGAAUGGUUUCCAUGUGGAAUGUGUUAUUCCACAAAUUCAGUUAUUCUAAAAGAGGAAGCUGUACAAGUGUCAAAUUGUAUAUAUGAGGACUGGGUGACAUCCUCAGCCUUCAGAGACUUAUGGGCCACGCUGCUGGACCUAGUGUGAGGUGGGCCUCUCCCAACAUUCAACUAAUUUUUAAUUUUUUGUCAUAUUUCAAAACUGACACACACACCUUCCCAGUGUAGAAAAAGUCAAGCCUAUUUUGCCAGUGUUUGGGGGGUGUUGUUAAUGUGAUUUUGUUCCUGGAGGGGACUUUUUUUCAAAACUGGAUGUGACCAGAACUAAAUUUGGGCCACUCAGUCAGUCCACAUACGGCCCAUAGUUUGUUGUUGAGAGGAAACUGAAUCCUGGGUAAACAUUAACUCUUGAAGCGUCUCACUGCUUGGAAAUAGUGCCCACUGACAAUAAUGCUACAAAGACAAGAAAUUGGAUCAGUUAGCACUUGGUGUGAGAUGAACGCACAUUGUUAUGAGGGUAACAUCUUUGCUUGCAAAGCCAGUAUUGGGGUCUGUGCUGUUGGGCAUAGGGAUGGCAUUUCAUUAAUUGUUCUCUAACCAUUUUAGCUUUUCAUUUCUGAUUUCACUACAUACAAGUGCUCCUUUCUAUAACCGUGUGUAAAUUAUAGCUGCCAAGUUAGUAUGACACUUCAUACAUCUGAUGAAGUCCACAAAACCCUCAUGCCAUAAUAAAUAUGUUGAUUGUAAAGAUGCCUCAGGUGGACUCUUGCUCGCUUGGAAGUAUUUUGUAACAGCAGCCAAAGUUAACUUUUCCUUCUUCAGGGUGAUUAAGUUUAUCAUACCAGUACAACAGUAAUUGUAUUGGUCUUAAGACAAAAUCUGUGCUGUGGCAGUACCUUUAUUCAGGCAGCCCAAAAGGUACCAUUGUUCACUCUGAGUCUCCUAGGUUUACUUGGAAGAUACCAAAUCUAGUGGUUCUUCAGUGGGAUCUACUGUGACUGAGUUAAGACAGUUAAUAGAAGCCAAAUUUAACUGUUUCUCCUAGUGGUUGGAAUGGAGCCUCAGAGAAUAAAAUGCAUUUCAAGUGGUUUGAAAUCUGCAGGGCCCACUAGGUGAAAAGGCUAAUUUUGCUUCUAUUGACUGUCUUUACUCAAUCCAAAAUGAUCUCUGAAAUUGCCAGGCCCUAACUGAUUUUGAAAACUGAGCUGGGUCAGAUGUGGUUGUUUUGUG